AUGGCGCCGUCUAAUCCACUGGCUAACUGGGAAAGGCUAGGAACUAGCUUUUACCGAAAAGUCCCUGUUUACUUCUCCGUCUUCGACGAGGAUGUCGAGUUGGAGAACUACAUCGUUGCCGGCGCGCCGUACGGAGGGGCCAUUGCGCUGUAUCGAGAUGAAAGCAAACCCAUGAGGUUUCGAGACGCGCAGACGUCGAAGUCGAACAUUGACAUUUACUCCCGUUCCGGGAAGCUGAUUAACCGUCUUAAUUGGGAACAUGGCACGAUAAGAGGGCUUGGGUGGUCCGAUCAGGAGGAGUUACUUGUGAUUACUGAGGAUGGCACUGUCCGACGGUACUUUGGCUUGUACGGUGACUUUACUUCAUUUUCCCUGGGGAAUGGAGCUGAAGAGUACGGAGUGCGGGCAUGCCGGUUCUGGAACUCGGGCUUUGUUGCUUUGCUUGCCAACAAUCAGCUAAUUGCUGUUUCCAAUUACCACGAGCCGCGACCAAGGCUAUUAGCACAGUGCCCGGAAGGGGAAGUCGCUUCAUGGUCAUUGAUUCCUCCGGCCUAUACGCUGUCUCGCUCGGUCGAGGUUCUUCUUGCUGUUGAUAAGACGAUCUAUCUCGUCGAUCCCACGGAGGCCGAGGAUAAAGUGCUCCAAAAUGGACCGUUCAAGCACGCUAGUGUAUCGCCUACGGGACGCUUCGUUGCGCUUAUCACGGCCGAAGGCAAAGUCUGGGUGGUGAGCAGUGACUUCCAAAGCAAGUACAGCGAAUAUGACCCAGAUUCCCGCGUCACCCCUCGCUCCGUGGAGUGGUGUGGCGAUGACGCGGUUAUUAUUGCCUGGGAAGACGAGGUGCAUCUCAUCGGGCCGAAUGGGGCUGCUGCACGGUAUUACUACGAUGGAACCGUCCAUGUCCUGCCAGAGUUUGAUGGCGUUGGUCUAGUCACUAAUGAUACAUAUGAGUUUCUACACAAGGUAUCAGACGUAACUGAGACUAUUUUCCGACUCGGCUCGACAUCCCCAGCGUCCGUUCUUCUGGAUUCCAUCGACCUCCUAGAGAAGAAGUCUCCCAAAGCGGACGAUAAUAUUCAACGGAUCAAGCCAAGCCUGCCAGAGGCUGUUGAUGCCUGUGUCAAGGCAUCCGGAAUGGAGUUCGACGCUCACUGGCAGAAGCGGUUGCUAAAAGCAGCUUCCUUUGGAAAAUCAGUUCUAGAUCUGUACAACAGCGAUGAGUUUGUUGAGAUGACCGAGAAGCUGCGAGUCUUGCAGGCAGUGAGGGAUUUUGAAAUAGGACUCCCUGUUUCAUAUGAGCAGUAUAUGCGACUAACUCCGGAGAAACUGAUUGAGCGUCUUGUGAACAGGAGAGAGUACCUACUUGCAAUUCGUAUAUCAGAAUACCUCCAACUACCUGCUGACAAAAUAUACGUGCACUGGGCGAGCUCGAAAGUCAAGGUUUCCACAGUCGACGAUGAAGCUGUGUGCAAGUUGAUCGUGCAGAGACUGGACGGGAAGCCGGGGAUCUCCUUUGAGGUAAUCGCACAGGCCGCUUAUGAUGAGGGCCGCACAAAUCUAGCAACGGAGCUUUUGAACCACGAACCGCGGGCCGGGAAACAGGUUCCACUGUUGCUCAAUAUGGAAGAGGAUGAGAUCGCGCUGGACAAGGCGAUCCAGAGCGGAGACGAUGACCUUGUCAACUACGUACUUCUUCAACUGAAAAGCAAGCUUCCCAUCGCUAGCUUCUUCAGGAUGAUUAACACGCGCCCAAUGGCAUCUGCACUUGUGGAGACGACCGCCCGAGAAGAGGACACUGAACUGCUGAAGGAUUUAUUCUAUCAAGACGACCGGCCUUUGGAUGGCUCCAACGUGCUUCUUUCGGAUGCUUUGAAGCAGACAGACUUGCCGCGCAAACAGGAACAGCUCCAGCUCGCUUCCCGGUUAAUCUCCGACUCUAAAGACCCGACAUUGAUCUUGCAGCAGAAGCUACUCACUGAGUCGUCACAACUACUCAAAGUUCAAGAAACCUUGGAUAAGGAUCUGGCAGAAAGAUCCGAGUUCCUCGGCCUGAGCUUGAAUGAGACAAUCUACAGAUUGAUCAGAUCGGGAUACGGUAAACGGGCACAGAAGAUCCAAAGCGACUUCAAGAUGCCCGAGAAGACAUAUUGGUGGUUGAGACUACGGGCAUUGGUGGCUAAGCGUGACUGGGGUGAAUUGGAAGAAAUCGCCAAGAUUAAGAAAUCACCGAUAGGAUGGGAGCCUUUCUAUAACGAGAUUUUAGGUGCUGGAAACACAAAGCUGGCUUCGGUCUUCGUCCCUAAAUGCACCAACCUGCCCGCCGAGGAGAGGAUUGAGAUGUGGGUAAAAUGCGGAAUGAUUGUAAAGGCCGGAGAGGAAGCCUUCAAGGCAAAAGACGUCAAUACCCUCGAAGUCCUUCAAGCGAAGGCCUCCGGCCCGUCUGCCGUCGAGGUUGGCAGGAUGAUCAACCAGCUCCGGCCAAAGAAAUAG